AUAAAGACUUCACAGCUCAGCAGUGGCCAUGAGGAUCCUUUACCAGCUCCUGGCUGUCCUCUUCAUGGUGCUCCAAGGGGUUGCAGGUCAGCACUUUAUCCCUAGGCCAGCCGACCCUUGUGUACUCCAAAAUGGAAUCUGCUUUCCGGGGAUAUGUCGGCGGCCAUAUUACUGGGUUGGAACGUGUCGUAAUGGAGGUUCCUGCUGUGUGAGGGGGUGGAGGCACUGAUGACUCCCUGGAUUCUCCUUGGAAAUCCUUUCUGCAUCUACCUAGUGGCCUCUCAAUCACCCUGACCCCAUCACUCCUGGUGGCACCAAAUCUUGCUCUCACAACUUUCCUUUGCACUGAAG